CCGCAGCCCCCGCCCCCGGCCCGUCGGGGUAGGCGCCUCGCUCGCUCCGCGCCGGUCCGGGCAGCGGCGGCCGCGGAGCGCUGGCGAGGCGGAGGCGGCCCCGUCCCGCAGACCUGCUCCGCCGCUGAGGCCCCGCCGCUGCUGGAGUCACCGGCCGGCCCGAGGAGGAGGAGGAGGAGGAAGAUGCCGGGGGGACGCUGAAAGAAAACCAACUUUUUGGAUGCCCUAUGGGGAGGUGCACCUUUGGACAUGGAUUAUAUGUUUGGUCAUCUUCUACAACCUGAGGCAACAGUGCGUGUGCUACAUAUGAUAGAAUAAUUAAUUGUGGGAAGAGACAAGUCAAAUGAUUACAUCACAGUAAGAAGCUGAUUUAAAAAUGUUUGUAUUUCAUGCCAGUAAUCCAAGGCUGGGAAAGCCUACUAGCCCAACUGUCAAAAAAAUUAAUUUUUUUUAAACCCAGUUCAAAAAGAACAAGUACUCAAUGUAUAUUUUACUAUGUGUUCCCUGAUUAAUUAGCACUGAAUCUUUUAUUACACUGAAAUCAUGGUGUGAGGAUUGAUAGACAGCACCACCCCCUACCAUCCCCAACACACAUCUAGCAACUAAAGACUGUGUCAAGAUGACCUCUGAGGAGAUGACAGCGUCUGUUCUCGUCUCUGUGGCACAGGGUAAAGUGAUACCUGCUCAGUCAGCUGAAGAUGAAAAUACUGAAAAUGCUUUGGACACCAAUGUUAUAAAAAGACAUGCAGCCAGUCCGGGAAGGCAAACCACACACGCUCUCUCAUGCUUACACAGACUUGAAGAAGAAAGUCUUCAGGGCUCAGUGCCCAAAAUACUCUCUCUGGCGAAAGAACAACUGACUAAUGACAAUAGCAAUGAAAACUUCUGGGAGAGGAACAGCUCCAUCCCUGAUUCAGUGGAAUUUCCGAACAUUAACUGUAACAUUGUACAGAAAAAGUUCACGAGUAAUAUCCCGUGCAGCCAGUUGUAUAAAUCUUGUGAUCCUUUAGCAGGGGGAGAGGCAUGCCUGGAAACUGGAAUUCCUGUUUCACUGGAAAGAGCCAUGCUUGCUGAAAUUCAGUUGAAAAUGAAUGGACCUCCGUUAAGAAGCCAGACAGCAGUAAAUAAGAAUGACAGCAAUGAUACUGAUAAAGUGGCCUUUUUUCACUUUCAUUGUGCUAGUGAAAGGAAUGUAUCAACGGCUUUGUGCAGUUUACACAACAGCUUCAUUUUGGAUGACUGCUUGCAGCCAGUAAGUGUUGAUGAUGGUAACACCACUGGUUCCCCAGCCUGCACUUGCAGAUUAAUGGAAUUGACAAAUAAUUGUGAGAAUGAAAAUGGGCAGCAGUUGUAUGAAGACACUUUAAGGGAUAAGUAUUUAUGUCUGGAAAGAGCCCCACGAAAGGUUAAAGUGGCGUGCUCAGGUCACAACUUCUGUGGAAAUAACUUUACUGGAAGAAUGCCCUCAAAGCCCUUUCUGAGCCAUUUUGAAGACUGUAAUGAUAACUGUGAAGAAGAGAUGGAAGAGGAUUUUUUUAGAAACAAAAAGGAACGUUCUACUUUAUUAAUAAGACGUUUCUGUAAAAAUGAUAAAGAGGUUAAAAAAUCAGUUUAUACUGGAACGAGAGCAAUUGUUAGGACUUUACCUUCAGGGCACAUAGGAGCUGUUGCUUGGAAUUAUGUUGAGCAAAGGAGAAACAACAGUGGCUUGAAGCUUUCUAGGAUUACAACAGAACAGCUAACUAUAAUGCAGUCCUUAAUAAAAUGGGAAUUUAAUUCCUUUCUUGAGAAGUCUAUAUGGUACGAGAUCUUCAAUACAGUGAGAGAAGAAGCAGCAGCAGAAGAUAUUUUUGAAUAUUUUCCUCACCUUCUGAGAAAGCUCCCAACGUUUGAUACAGACUAUAUAUGCAAAGGUGAUGGUUUUUGUGUAAAACCAUGUGUAACAGGUGCUUACUGUCAAUAUCGUGCCACUUUACAAAGGACUGCACUCUCUAACUAUAUAACUGGUGCUUUACUAGAAGCAACUACAUCAUUAGGAGCAAGAAGUGGUCUUUUAAAUAUCUUUGGAGGCUCAACUGGAAGAACAAUGCUUAAAGAACGUCAAGCGUGUACAUCUAUGGCUGGCUCCAGCGUCCUUCCCUACAACGUGGCUGGUAUCAGCAAAGAGCUGAUCGAACUGCAGCACCUCAUCCAGUUCCCAGAGGAGGUUGCCAGCAUUCUGACCGAGCAGGAGCAGGAGCUCUACCGGAAAGUCUUACCCAUUGACUACCUCUGCUUUUUAACCAGGGAUUUGGGUAAUGCUGAAUGUCAAAGCAAGCUGCCAUCUAUUAAAGCUUCCAUAUCUGCUACUAUUCUUUCUUCUGCCAAUGGUGAACAUAAUGCUGUAGAAGAUCUUGUGACAAGGUUUAACGAGGUGAGCUCGUGGGUUACCUGGCUGAUCCUGACUGCAGGUUCUAUGGAGGAGAAACGAGAAGUCUUCUCAUAUUUAGUACAUGUGGCAAAAUGCUGCUGGAAUAUGGGCAACUACAAUGCUGUAAUGGAAUUUCUGGCAGGGCUAAGGUCAAGAAAAGUUUUAAAAAUGUGGCAAUUUAUGGACCAGUCUGAUAUUGAAACUAUGCGAAGUCUGAAAGAUGCUAUGGCACAGCAUGAGUCAUCAUCUGAAUACAGGAAAGUGGUCAGCCGGGCACUCAAUAUUCCAGGCUGUAAAGUCGUUCCUUUCUGUGGUGUAUUUUUAAAAGAGCUUUGUGAAGUUUUGGAUGGGGCAUCAAGCCUCAUCAGACUCUGUCCACGAUAUAACUCCCAGGAUGAAACAUUGGAGUUUGUUUCAGAUUACAGUGGACAAGAUAAUUUCUUGCAACGAGUAGGCCAAGAUGGUUUAAAUAAUCCAGAAAAAGAAUCAACAGCAAACAAUAUCUUUCAAACUAUUCGGAGCUGCAAUCGCAGUUUGGAAUCUGAAGAGGUUGAAGAUAAUUUUAGCGAAGGGAGCAGUUCAAGAAAAAACUCUCUAAAGGACAAAUCCCGGUACCAUGCAGCUCAUAUAAAGAAAGCUUCUGAUUCAAACCGAGUUCUAUUUAUUAUUGGAGAUCUUUCAGAUUCUGAAAGUGAUAUAUUUGAGCAGUUGAAGGAAUGGGACACAAAUUCAACAGAAGAGCAACAGAAGGCUUUCUGCCAUGGAAUAGAACUCAUACCCUGGUACGUGUUAUCCAUCAGGGCUGAUGUCCAUCAGUUCAUGCAACAAGGGGCAACCGUCAUUCACUAUGACCAGGAGACACAUCUCUCAGCACGUUGCUUUCUUCAACUUCAGCCCGAUAAUAGUACCUUGACUUGGACAAAACCCACGACGGUUUGCCCUGCAAAUGCUAAGGCAAAACUGAGUGUGCUGGGUAAUACUGCUGAGCUUGGCAAAUACCAGUUUCUUGGUAAUACUGGACUGGUGGAAGGUUUUUUGGACUUGUUUUCAGCCAAGGCUGUAUAUAUGGGACACUCCGGCAUUGAUAUGCACACUGUGUGUGUUCAGAAUAAACUUUGUAACAUGUCCCUUGAAGAAAAUGGUAUAACAAUACUUUAUGGACUUCAGACUACUGAUAAUAAGUUGCUGCACUUUGUUGCUCCAAAAUACACUGCCAGAAUGCUGUAUGAUGGAUUGCUGGAAUUGACUAAAGCUGUAAGAAAAAUGAGGAGAUUCCCUGAUCAAAGACUACAGUGGCUACGGAAACAGUAUGUCAGCCUUUACCAGGAGGAUGGAAGGUUUGAAGGCCCAACCUUGGCUCAGGCUGUUGAACUGUUUGGAGGCAGACGAUGGAGUGCAAGAAACACAAGCACAGGAACUCUCACCAAAAGCACCGAGAAACCUAGUGUACAGAGAAACAACACUCUGGGAAUAAGCGCAGCUAAGAAAAAGAAGAAAGUACUCAUGAGGGGUGAAAGUGGAGAGGCCACUGAUGACGAAAUGGCAACUCGGAAGGCCAAAAGCUGUAAAGAAUAUCGUAAUAGAAGUGGUUCGGAUCCUCAAGAUAUUGAUGAACAAGAAGAACCAGAUCACAAUAUUAUCAUUAAUGCUUCUCCAUCUAACAACCUGCCAUCAAGAAGAGCUCACUCUCUGACAGCAUCUGGAUCUCCUAAUUUGGGAGCUACAACAUCUUCACCAGCAAGACCGGUCUCCUCUCCUGUAAUGUCUUCAAGCAAGAGUCAGUCUAGCACAUGGAGCAGCAGUAGCUGGCAUGGCCGUGUUAAAGGAGGAAUGAAGGGGUUUCAGAACUUCAUGGUGUCUGAUAGUAACAUGACUUUUGUGGAAUUUGUAGAGCUCUUCAAAUCUUUCAGUGUCCGUAGCCGCAAGGAUCUGAAAGACCUUUUCGAUGUCUAUGCUGUGCCUUGCAAUCGAUCUGGCUUAGAGCCUGCUCCACUUUACACUAAUUUGAAGAUUGAUGAAAAUAGCAGUGGAUUCCAGCCUGAUUUAGAUUUGUUGACUAGGAAUGUUUCAGACCUUGGUUUGUUCAUCAAGAGCAGGCAGCAACUAUCAGACAACCAGAGGCAAAUAUCUGAUGCUAUUGCUGCUGCCAGUAUUGUAACCAAUGGUACUGGAGUUGAAAGCACAUCACUGGGAAUAUUUGGAGUGGGAAUCCAGCAGCUAAACGACUUCCUAGUGAAUUGCCAAGGAGAACACUGCACCUAUGAUGAAAUCCUCAGUAUUAUCCAGAAAUUUGAGCCCAGUGUGAACAUGUGCCAGCAGGGGCUGCUAUCUUUUGAAGGAUUUGCAAGAUUUUUGAUGGAUAAAGACAACUUUGCCUCCAAAAAUGAUGAGUCACAAGAGAAUGCUGAGGACUUGCACUUUCCACUGUCAUAUUACUACAUAGAAUCUUCACACAAUACUUACCUUACUGGCCAUCAGCUUAAAGGGGAGUCGUCGGUAGAGCUCUACAGCCAGGUUCUUUUACAAGGCUGCAGAAGUGUAGAAUUAGACUGCUGGGAUGGCGAUGAUGGGAUGCCUAUCAUUUAUCAUGGGCACACUCUUACUACUAAGAUCUCUUUUAAGGAGGUAGUUGAAGCUAUUGAUCGCAAUGCAUUUAUCACCUCUGACAUGCCAAUUAUCAUAUCAAUAGAAAACCACUGUUCAUUGCCUCAGCAACGCAAGAUGGCUGAAAUUUUCAAGAAUGUAUUUGGAGAUAAGCUGGUAACAAAGUUUUUAUUUGAGAGUGACUUUUCUGAUGAUCCCAUGCUUCCUUCACCUGGCCAACUGAAAAGAAAAAUCCUGCUUAAAAACAAGAAGCUUAAAGCCCAUCAAACACCAGUGGAUAUAUUGAAACAAAAGGCUCACCAGCUGGCACAUAUGCAAGCACAGGCUAGCAACGGUGCUAGCAACCCCACACCUACCAAUGAAGAGGAAGAUGAUGAAGAGGAUGAAUAUGACUAUGACUAUGAAUCUCUCUCUGAUGCUGAUGUCCUUAAUGCUUCUCCUGCUCCUAACAGCCAGGAAGAUAACAUUCUUGAAGACCGACCUGAGAAUAAAUUAUCAAGUGAUAAACUGCAGUUUGAAUAUAAUGAAGAGACUGCCAAACGAAUAAAGAAGGCUGAUUGUGCUACUUACAAUAAUAAAGGAAAGGUUUACGACAUGGAGCUGGGUGAAGAAUUCUAUCUUCCGCAAAAUAAGAAGGAAAGCAGACAGAUAGCCCCAGAGCUAUCUGAUCUUGUAAUUUACUGUCAAGCUGUAAAGUUCCCUGGCUUGUCAACUUUAAACCCAUCUGGCUCUAGCAGAGGAAAAGAAAGAAAAAGCAGGAAGUCCAUUUUUGGCAACAAUCCUGGCAGGCUGAGCCCUGGGGAGUCAGCUACUCUUGCCAAAGCAUCUGGAAAAGGUCCUUUUGAUGUGAUGCGGCAGACCUGGGAAGAUCCUUGCUCUCCUUACAACUCUCCAGCUUCUCUCAGUGCUAUCAUAAGGACGCCCAAGUGCUAUCAUAUCUCCUCCCUGAACGAGAACGCUGCCAAGCGGCUGUGCAGGCGGUACUCUCAGAAGCUGAUCCAGCACACCACCUGUCAGCUCCUGAGGACCUACCCCGCUGCCACGCGCAUUGACUCCUCAAAUCCCCAUCCGCUGAUCUUCUGGCUCCAUGGCAUACAACUCGUGGCUCUUAACUACCAAACAGAUGAUCUUCCUCUGCAACUUAAUGCAGCGAUGUUUGAGGCUAAUGGUGGAUGUGGAUAUGUUUUGAAACCUCCUGUUCUGUGGGAUAAAAAUUGUUCAAUGUACCAGCAGUUUUGUCCAUUAGAAAGAGAUCUUGAUAAUAAGGAGCCAGCUAUAUAUUCUUUAACAAUCGUGUCUGGACAGAACGUCUGCCCUAGCAAUAGCACGGGCAGUCCGUGCAUUGAGAUCGAUGUGCUGGGGAUGCCUCUGGAUGGCUGCCAUUUCCGGACAAAGCCCAUUCAUCGCAACACUCUCAACCCCAUGUGGAAUGAACAGUUCCUUUUCCGGGUUCACUUCGAAGAUUUAGUCUUUCUUCGGUUUGCGGUUGUUGAAAAUAACAGCUCAGCUGUAACAGCUCAGAGAAUCAUUCCCCUAAAAGCUCUAAAAAGAGGCUAUAGACACGUCCAGCUUCACAACCUGCACAAUGAAGCACUGGAAAUUUCUAGUUUGUUCAUAAACAGUCGGAGAAUGGAAGAAAGUCCCUCUGGAAACACUCUGCCUGCAUCGAUGUUGUUUAGCAUGGCAGAAAGGAAACCUGCUGUGACUUACAAAGUGACAAUUCAUGGAAUUCCAGGCCCGGAGCCUUUCACUGUUUUUAAUAUAAGUGGGGGGACCACGGCUGCACAGCUUCUCCAUCAGCUCUUGGCUACCACAAAAGGCACCGAGUCAUGUGCUGCAGACUAUUUUCUGAUGGAAGAGAAAAGCUUUAUAUCUAAAGAAAAGAGUGAAUGCAGAAAACCACCAUUCCAGAGAGUGAUUGGUCCUGAAGAAGGGCUAGUGCAGCUUUUGAACAGUUGGUUCCCAGAAGAAGGAUAUGUUGGAAGGAUUAUCUUUAAAACCCGAGAGGAAAAUUUAAAUGAGAGAAACGUCUUUCAAGAAGCAAAGGAAGAUGCAGCCAUCAGCUCUGAGGAUGACAGUUUCUUUGUUCAGGUACAUGAUGUCUCCCCAGAGCAGCCACGCACUGUCAUCAAAGCUCCCCGCUUCAGCACAGCUCAGGAUGUCAUUCAGCAGACUCUUUGCAAAGCCAAAUACUCCUACAGCAUUUUGAGCAAUCCAAAUCCAAGCGAUUACGUGCUCUUGGAAGAGGUGACGAAAGAGCCAGCAAACAAAAAGUCCUCGACAUCUAAACCAUCUCAGAGGAUUCUCUCUGAUCAAGAGUGUGUGUUUCAGGCCCAAAGCAAGUGGAAGGGAGCAGGAAAAUUUAUCCUUAAACUCAAAGAACAGGUUCAGGCAGCACGAGAUGACAAAAGAAAAGGCAUUUCCUUUACCAGUGAACUCAAGAAGUUAACCAAGUCAAGUAAACAGUAUCGGGGAUUCAUAUCGCCACCUCUGCAGGUCUUGCCAGACAGUCCGCAGAGCAAGGAUGAAAGGUCUGCGUGCAGUUUGACUUUUAGUGACAUGGAAUAAUAACCACCACUGCCUACAGUACGGUCUAUUCAGUGCCUUUGAAGGAACCUGCUGCGGACUGAACUGGUCAGCAAUUGCGUGCCCUGUGCUCUAGGUGCUUAAUCCAGGCAAUGCUGCUGGAUUAACAUCCAGAAUCUGGGAAUCCUAAGUGGGAUGCCAUAGAUUUGAAAGAUGCCUGUCAGCUAUUGGAAGAUUCUCCUCUUCCUGUAUCUUCACAUCUGCAGAUUCUCAAUAGGAGGAUGAAGAAGUUUUCUUGGACUGUAUGUUGUAAACAAACAUGUGUCGUCACCCUCCCCUUUUUAAACAAAAGAUAAUUUUAGCUAGUUGUCUCUAGGGAAACUGAAGGCAGAGAACCAGCGUGUUCUUUUAUGUGUAUUAUAUUAAAAUAAUGCACUUUUACCUGGAGAUUUCUGUUAAACACUGUGUUAAGUGAUUGUAAAGAGAUUUAAAUAUACUGUAACUUCCUUCACAUAUCUGUUUAACUUUGGUGAAUAUACACAAAACGCUCAAAUUAUUUAUGGUUUAUCUACUUUAACAAAAUAAUGUACAAUAGCUAAAUACACCUAACUGGUAGUGGUACUUUGACAAGGAACAACAUUUUCUUCUUAUGAAUUCUAGUUUUCCAGGCUUGUGUUUAAAGAAAGAAUAUUUAUUAUCAUGUUCCAAAGUACAUGCCAUUGUAUAAUAUAUUUAUCAUAUACUACUUUUUAGAAAAUGCAGAAUUUUUACCUCUCUCUGGCUUUAGAGGAAAAAAUGUUUGAACUUUUCUGGUUGUUUCUUUUCAGCACAAGACGUUUAAUACCCAAAACUGACCAAACUCAAAACAAUGCAUUGAUAAAUGUAAUUAACAUUUCAAAAUUUUGAAUUCAAAAUACAUUUUUCCAUACAGUCAGGAAAUGUCUUUUUAGCAUUCUGUUAAACCCAGAGAGUAUAAAGAGCUCUUAUAGUAUAACUCUUGAUGUUUUUGUUUACAUAGAAACACUGUUGUAAAGUUUUAUGUUUGCUGAAUUCAUCUUUUGAUAUUUAAGUUAGUUGUGGUUGUCUCUUUUUCCCCUCCAUGGGAGUUAGUUACUAACAUGUUUAGUUAGUUAAAAGAAUCCAUACCAACUUACAGGGGCACAAACGAAACAAUUGCUCCAUUUUGUCUCCCUAGAGCAAUCCCUGAACAAAGCAUUUCAGUUACCUGGUCUGACUACAUCAAGAAAUCCAUGAAUACAGGGAGGGAUUCAUGUACUCCAUUAUUCCACAUCAACUUCACCACUCGAGUACAAAACACUGCUGCUCCUAAGCAGCUGUAUCAGGCAAUGGAUAAAACAGCAGCGUAACUAAAAUGAGGUUUAUGUUUAAUAGUGCAAGGAUGAAAGGGCAAUAAGUUACAGGCAGUACUCCUGUGACAACCAGCACCCCCACCCGCCAGUAAUUAGAAAAUGAAAUAAAAGAAAGCAAAAAGUCAUUAACUGGCACACAAGCAAGCAGAGAGAACCUGCAUUCUGUCACCAGAAGCUAUGAAGUCUUUCACUAUACGCUACAGAAAAUUCCUAUAACGUCGCCAUUACCAAAGCAAAAAAGUGCCCUCUUGAGGUCAUUUCCAGCUUUCAGGAAAAAUAACCAAAAUAACCACAGACACACAAAAAAGUCAAAUUUCCCCGCAGUGUAUCUUCCAAGAGGCCAUACAUUUCCCACUGCUUAUCUUCAGUACUGAUGUAGCCAAACAGCAUUUUGCAAUUCAGCACUAUGAUCCAAUUAAAAACCCAACCACCUCCUAGCUCAGCCUCUUCACUUGUGUGUUAUGAAUUCUAACUAGAGAGCCAGCCUCUGUAAGAAUGAGGUAUACUCUCUCCCUGCCCCACCCUCAUGGCACAUGCAUAAUGCAAGACUGAUAGUGAGUAAAAUGUUGAAAGUGACAACUUACUUAUCCAUAGUUUGAUAUGCAGUUUGCUUUGGAAUACUUUGGAAUUACUGGGAAAUAGUUACAUCAAUCUACUGCACAAUUCAACUAAUGCAACUGGUUUUUUUUAAAUGUUAGUUUCAUUCUCAUUUUAACACUAGCAAUUUCACAUCACUAAGAAUUUUUUUCUUUUGGUGUUUUUAUGGCAUUUUAGAAACAAUACUUACUUUCCUAUGGAGUUUACCCUUACCUGUUUGGCUUUUUUUUUAUAUUGAGCAGCACUGAAAAUUCUUAACAUCACCUGUAGUAUCACAGUAGCCUGGAAGACAUGCUUGCUAAUUCAUUAGAUUCAACAGAGAAAGUUCUUACGCCCAUGUCAUCAUCCACUAAUGGUUUUGUCACACAGAUUUAAAAAGGAAAAAAAACCCUUGGGAAAAUGUCACAUUGUGUAACACGGGUCUGAGACUCGCCUCAAGUCUAGUGGCAAUUUAAAAACAGUAGUUUUGUACUAUUUAUGCUAAUACAAUAAUUUUCUAGCUGUGGGAAUAGUUUAUUAAUAUAAGUAUCUUCCUCAUCAAAGUCAAAAGCUGCUUUUGCUGCUGUUUAUCACAGUGAAAGAGAACAGCAAAAUAUUUGGCUAUUAAAAACCCCCAACUUUAUAGGCAUGUAAACAUCUGGAAUUGUGUAAGGCUAAUUACACUGUUCCAGUAUUUUCAUUAAUGUACAUAUAUCAAUUUCAAGUUUAGGUAUUAGUAAACAUCUGAGUAAACUUUUGUUGGUGAAAUGUGGUAUAUAUUUUGGGGUUGGAAAGGAAUAUCCUUCCCUUUGUGUUGGUUCCAAGUGUCAUAAUAAUGAAAUAAUGAAAAUACACCACCAGUUGAAGCAUUAAAGUGCUGGGGGGUGCGGGGGGUGGGGGUGGUGUUAACUUUCAUGAAAGCCCAGUUAAACCAAUUUCACUGAGUGAUUAUUCUAAUAGGAAAGUUUAUUCUGCUUAGCCACAGAUUUUAUUUCUGGAGGAAUACCUGUCCACACAUUCCUAUGACAAGAAAGACAGACUGAUAAAGUAACUUUGUCCCUUUCUGUGCUUUUGGCUGGGCACGGACAUCAAUUAGGAAAAUACAUUCAUUUUUACAUUACAAACUAUUUACAGGAAGCUGCUUCCAGGAUAAAGUUUGAAAGAAAGGAAUGUAAAUAAUCAACACCUUCCAGAAACAUGCAGUCUGUGUUCCGUCUCACGCUGAACAGUUUCCAGGUGGAAAUCUCAUGCUCUGUUGCCUAUUGGCAAAAAUACAGAAGUAUUUUAUUCUGUACUAUUCUAAAACCACUGUUACUUUUCUAUCAAUUUCUCAUAUUUUCCUUGUGUAGCAUGUGCUGCUUGCAGUGGUGUGACAGUAUGGGACAAAAGCUGGGCAGCCACAGAUCCUGGCCUCAUUGCAGUACUACUCAGUUUACAGGAACUGGGGCACACCAGGAGGUACUUCCUAUCGCCUGGAGUGUUUCCUGUAUCUAUCUUACUGAUCCCAAGUUUAGUAGUUAUAAGAAUAAAAAAUAUUAUGUCAGUUUUAAUUUUUAAAACCUGGUCAUAUUAUUUUUAUUGCUACAAAUAUUACUAGAUGAAAUAUCUCAAUAGCCAUCUUCAGAAAGCCGUCUGCUUCUAGAAAUCAGGUGCUUUCAAGAACUAAAGACUUUAACAUGGAAAUAACUAAGUAUUUCAAGAACACAUUCUCUUACAUAGUUUAUCUUUAAAAAAGAACUUGCUGGUAGCUUUACAUUUCAGUGAAAGGUUGAGUCUGCAGCUUCUGAAACUGAACUGUCUAUUCUGCUCUAGCUCUCCGAAUGCUUCAAUUAACAUUUGUUUUUUAAUCACUGGCUGUUACUAGUCCACUAUAAAACUCAGUUUACUUUUAGGGUAGCCCACUAAAUGUAACAAACAAUGGUGGCAUUUUUCCUGUCUGUGAUAAAUAUUUUGUAACUUCAGUAGUGAUAGACAUUUGGCAGAGUUAGCAAAUUAAACACAAAAAUAAACAACAGUAAACAGAUUUCGCUCCAAUACAUGUAUAGGAUAUUUCAGAAUGACUUAGUUGUACAGUUGUCUUCCUCUGCCUCUUAAAGCAUGUCAAAGUAUUCUGACAAUGCAACAUCACUACGUGCCAGUCUUUAUAUUGUUUGGAAACUAUGUAAAAUGAACAAUUUUAAAAGUUACUUUUCCACCUGGACUAUUUUCUCUCUCCUGACUUGAAGAAUAAACUUGUAUUUGUAUAUGUUGUAAAAAAAAUAAAUGGUUUAAGAUGUUGA